AUGGGUCAUAAAGAAGAGAAUACUAGCAAUGUGAAGAAAAUAAACUCAUCAUGUGAUGUUGAGGCUUUGAAAAAGUGCUUGGAAGAGAACAAAGGGGACUAUGUUAAAUGCCAGUCUCAAAUUGAAGCUUUUAAAUUAUCAUGCUCAGUGAAGAAACCAAAUUCUUCUCUUGAAUCUUCACCACCACUCAAGACAGGUGUUUGA